UUCAAUGUGAAAUAUCUUUUAUGUUGUACCCUGUUCGUGCUUAGGUGUUGUCUUGUAUGUACUCUGGGCUAGUCGUUCUGGUUCUGAUAAGUGUCUAACCAGCAUGCUGCGUAGAGGAUUGUCUUACUUAUGUCUUAACUGCGUAUUGUCUAUGUAAGUGGCCAGCUGAGCCGGGUGGUUUGUUUCUGUGUCAGCGCACCUCGUAAAGUUUCAGUUUUAAAAAAAAAAAAAAAAAAAAAAAAAAACACACACACACACACACAAAAAGGGUAAAUAGUGACGUCACACGCCGUUUUGCCACACGCCAGUUCGUCACACAGACAGAGACAUGCACCGGGUAGGCUGUUGUCAGAUGAACGGAUAACUAACUAAAGUAAGUGUUGUUUAAACAAAUGUUAGCUGAACUAGAAUCGAUCUGUUGUUUAUGGUUGACAAUAAGGCUCAAUAUUUAUGCGGAUGUGUUUGUUUUGUUUGUUACGGAGUGCAGCUCGAUCCGAGGUUGAGUACAUGUGGCCUCUCACCAAAAGUUUACUCGCAUCCAGUUUGCACCCUUGGUAGGCGAAGAGAGUUUCACGGUACUAAUUGAAGAAUAAAAUCUACCAGUUGAACUCAACGCUGUGGUCAUUGAUGCCAAGGGCUGUAACAGUGAAACUCUACGCUGCAUUGGAGUCAUCUCAUGGCGAGUGUCAUCUCAUCAUCCAUCAGCGGCUUCAGCUACAACCGCAGUGAGAGACUUUGGUGACGAGCGGUAAAGUCACUCGCAAAGACACUGAACUGUUUUAAACAAAUAUAUGAAGUUAUCCGCCUGCUUCCUCAAUCACAGGCAAUGGACAUUGAAUGACUUUAGAUGUCAUAAUUUAAGUAAAUGUGUGACGAUUGUCUGCAUAAAUGUUAUCAUUUGAGAUGCCUGUUAAAAGUUAAAGGUGCAGCUAAGGUCAGCAUAAUCGUCUUCUAAAUUUGAAAUCAAUGGUAUUUAAAUGGGGGAAUUUUGUAGUGUGAAUUUUACAAGGGUAUAUUUUUCUACUGUGACAUUGUUUAUUAUCUUUGUGUUUAGAGUGUAAAUGUCUGAUAUGAGCGGUGGUUUAAAGUAUUUUGGAAAAAAUUAAGGGCCACAACUCAUCAAAUUUGAGUUCAGACAAAAUAGAUAUUUUUCUAUGAACAGUCACAAAAUAACAUGUUAGCGCCCCCUGAAGAAAUGGAGAAUCCCACUGAAACUCAACAAGUAAGAUCAAGCUCUCGCGAGCGAACCUUAACAGAAAAGGGCCAAGAGCUGCAAAAACAGGAACUAAAGAAAAAGGAAAAGGCAUUUAACAAGGCAUAUGAGACUUGGAGAUUGGCAGCUAAAGAAAUAAGAGCCAAACUGAAGACUUUCUGCUCACCUGAGGAGCUUGAAGGAAUCCAAAGAAAUAUUAAAGCUAAACAUGACAAAGUGUGCCAACAUUAUGAGCCCAUUCGACUUAACUAUACGAGCACUCCAGGUGUUGUCAAGAAAAUGGAUGCUUGCAGCACCUUAUCAUCUGAGAUCUGUGACAUUGUUAAUAAACGAAUGGAGAACAUUGAUAAAGCCUUCAAUGAUUGUCUGGAAAAGGAGAGAGUAAGGAUGCAGCUAAAUAAACAGGAAUAUGGAUCUGUCUUUGGGAGGACCAACACAGAAACUGUAGUUUCACAGUCUCUUAAAGAACCUGAUGACCAAGUAAGCAACAUCUCCAUGUCUUCCAGUAAACGAGCUGAUGCAGAAGCAGAGCUGGCAGCCAAAGUAGAGCAAGCAAAGGCCGUUCAAAUGUUACAUGCUCAACAAGCAAAGCUUGAAAAACUGGAGACUGAAUGGAAAUUAAAGGAAACACAAAUGUUGGCAGAAAUUAAGGAAAGGGAGGCUGAAAUUAAAUUAAAGCUGGAAGAGGAAAAAUCAAAGUUACAACAACUGAAGGCUGAGAGUGAAGUGAAGGUUGCAGAGGCUCGUGUUAGAGCAUACAACAGUUUUGAGGUGGGGACUGACAAACCUCCUCUAGACAGCCCAAACACUGAAUAUUGACAUUUUCUCAAUCCGCAAGCUGCACCCUUUGAGCCGCGACAUACAGCAUCUCUAAAGUCAACUCCAGAAAAUGCCAGUGUUGCUCAGGAAACCAUGUUGACUCAGGCAAUAGCAAGUUCAUUUGCCUUGAGUCGCUUACCUGUCCCAGGGCUAACAACCUUUACAGGUGACCCUCUGAAGUUCAUAGAUUGGAAAGUAUUCUUUAUGGCCCUGAUUGACCAGAAGCCCCUCCCAGUAAGUGAGAAAAUGCUUUAUUUGAAGAGUUAUUUAGCAGGGGAGGCACGCAGGGCUGUGGAAGGUUUCUUUUACCGUAACUCAGAGGAUGCAUACAAGGGCGCCUGGCCUGUCUUAGAAGACAGGUAUGGCAGUCCAUUUAUUGUCCAAAAGGCCUUUAGAGAGAGACUCAUGAAAUGGCCUAAGAUAGCUGCUAAUGACCCAAGAGCAUUACGAGAGUUUGCAGAUUUUCUCUUAGGGUGUGCUGAAACUAUGCCUCAUGUCAAAGGCCUGUCCAUCCUCAAUGACUGUGAGGAAAAUCACAAACUUCUGCAGAAAUUGCCUGAAUGGUUAGUGCGCAGGUGGAAUCGAAUUGUCGUCGAAGAGUUGGAUCGAUCCGGUGAUUAUCCAAGCUUUCAGCGUUUCUCAGAGUUCAUGCAGAAAGAAGCCCGAAUUGCCUGUAAUCCAAUUGCCUCCCCUUUAAUGUUAAAUCUGAAAACACCAGAUGAAAGGUUGUCAAAGAGAGCCAAAACAUUCAACACGAGCGCUCAAAUAAGAGGCUUCAACUCAACAUCACCAGAAAGCUCAAAGCCAAGGCCGCCUUGUUUAUUCUGCAGAGAUGAAGCACAUGGUGUUGCUAAAUGCCCAGCCUUUGCUACAAAAGCUAUGGACGAGAAAAAGUCCUUCAUUCAUGAACAUCAUUUAUGCUUUGGAUGCCUGAGAAAGGGUCACUCGGCCAAAGACUGUAAAAGACGACAUACCUGUAGCACCUGCGGUGGACGUCAUCCUACCUGCCUGCAUCGAGAGAAUGUCAUAAGACCUGCAGAAAUGACAAGUAAUGCUGCCACAGGGGAUCAGAUAAACAAUGAAGUUCACAAAGUUAUGUCCCAUGCUUUGACUCAACAUGCCUCUGCCACUUCUAGCAUCGUUCCUGUCCUUGUGUCUUCAACAACAGACCCCCAGAGAGAAAUACUCACCUAUGCUCUUCUCGACACUCAGAGUGACUCCACUUUUAUGCUAGAAGAUUUGGCUGUAGAAUUAAAUGUAAACACUGAGCCGGUGCAGCUUAAACUAAGCACAAUGACAGCUGUGAAUACAGUCAUAGCCAGUAAAACUGCCAGUGGUCUGCAGGUUCGUGGGCUAAACUCUGAAGCACAUAUUCAAAUACAGCAGGCUUACACGCGUGACUUCAUACCAGUUGAUAAGUCCCACAUCCCAACAAAGAACACAGCUCUUAAGUGGCCUCACCUCAGCAAUCUAGCCAACAAGUUACCAUCACUUCAAGACUGUGAAGUAGGACUUCUCAUUGGUUAUGACUGCCCCUUAGCUUUGGCUCCCCUAGAGGUUAUCAUGGGAAGUGAAAAUGAACCCUUUGCUCAGCGGACUGUGCUCGGCUGGAGCAUUAUAGGAUCAGCAAACCCUCAUUUGGAUAGACAGGGCAGCCAUAGUUUUGUGCAUCGUGUUGCAGUUAAAGAAUUGCCAGUGCCUGCUGUUACAGAUGUGUUGAAGGCUUUGGAGUCAGACUUUAAUGAAAGGAACUAUGAAGACAAAUAUGUGUCUCAGGAUGAUGUUCGCUUUCUACAGUUUCUGAGUGAUAAUAUCAAACAAGAAAAGGAUGGACAUUAUCAGAUGCCCCUCCCCUUUAAAAAUGACAACCCACCAUCGCUGCCAAACAACAAACGGUUAGCUACUGUUCGGCUGCAACACCUGAAAAGGAAGUUAUCUGCCAAUAAACAGUAUCAUGACCAAUAUACGGCCUUCAUGGAAGAAAUGGUCAGCAAAGGCUAUGCAGAGCCAGCCCCUGCUGCUUCUGAGGGAGAAAGUGCCUGGUAUAUCCCUCAUCAUGGCGUGUACCACCCAAGAAAGCCAAAUAAGCUAAGAGUUGUUUUUGAUUGUUCGGCAAAGUUUAAUGGCAUCUCACUAAAUGACACCUUACUUACUGGUCCUGAUUUAAUCAAUUCAUUGGUGGGAGUUUUGUGUCGCUUCAGAAGGGAGGAGGUUGCUGUGAUCUGCGACAUCGAAAAAAUGUUUCAUCAAUUUCAUGUUUCUCCAGAGACUCGCAACUACCUGAGAUUCCUUUGGUGGGAGGGCGGCAAUCUGGAGAAUGAGCCACGAGAAUAUCAAAUGACAGUUCACCUCUUUGGUGCCACUUCCUCACCUGGAUGCGCUAACUUUGGGCUGAAGUAUCUGGCACAGCAAUGCAAAACUAUCUAUCCGGCAGCAUCAGCCUUUGUUGAAAGGAAUUUUUACGUUGAUGAUGGCUUAAUCAGUAUUCCAACUGUCCAAGAGGCCAAAGAACUGAUUGUUGAGGCACAGGAGCUGUGCAACCAUGCAGGCCUAAGAUUACACAAGUUCAAUUCGAACCACAAAGAUGUUCUCUCCUGUGUACCUCCCUCAGAAAGAGCAGAGUCAACAGAUCCUUUAAAACUGAACUCAGAGAUGACAUCAGAAGGACAUGUACUUGGCAUUCAGUGGUCAAUGGUGAACGAUUCCUUUAGUUUUAACAUCAGUGCAAAAGAUCAUCCUCCAACUCGUCGUGGCCUCCUGUCUGUCGUAGCUUCUCUGUAUGAUCCACUUGGGUUCAUGGCUCCCUUUACCCUGAGUGGAAAGUGCAUCCUGCAGGAGCUGUGUCACCAAGGCAUCGGAUGGGACGAUCCAAUCCCUGAGCACUUGCGUCCACGGUGGGAGGAGUGGAAAAAUGGCCUUAAAACAUUAAAGGACAUUACCAUACCCAGAUGUUAUCAUCCACCAAACUUUGGUAACAUUAUAAGCACUGAAUUACACCAUUUCUCAGAUGCCAGUAAUACAGGAUACGGUUCGUGCUCCUACCUGAGAUACAAAAACGACAGGAAUGAGAUUUACUGUAGUCUAGUUAUGGCUAAGUCAAGGGUCGCACCGUCAAAGAUCACAAGCAUCCCAAGAUUAGAACUCUCUGCUGCAGUAACAUCAGCCAGGAUAAGUGCCAUGCUGAAAGAAGAGCUUCAGAUGAAAAUAGACAAAGAAUGUUUCUGGACUGACUCUCAAGUUGUGUUGGCAUAUAAUAAUGAGGCACGAAGAUUCCAUGUGUUUGUGGCAAAUAGAAUUAAACUUAUCAGAGAAAAAACUGAUCCAAAUAAUUGGCAUUAUGUUGACACGACACAAAACCCUGCUGACCUUGCUUCCAGGGGUCUUCGUGCUGCAGACAUCCCUUCAUCUGGCUGGUUAUCAGGUCCUAAGUUUCUAUGGGAACUGGAAGUGCUCCCAAUACCCAGACCCUCUACUGAGCUGCUUGUCGGUGACCCUGAGUUAAAGUCAGUUCAUGUGUCUGCAGUUGAAGUCAGUGAACACGCAGACAUUUUGAGUCGGCUGGAGAGGUUCUCUUCCUGGACCACACUCACUAAGGUGGUCGCAAGAAUAAAGAGACUCGGGUCAAAGCUCAAGUAUGUCGAUCCUGUGAGUGUGGCAGAACGUACCAGAGCUGCUGAGGAAGUUUUUAAGCUACUGCAGCAGCAAGCCUUCUCAAGUGAGCUAAAGGUUCUCCAAAGGAAGCCUCAGGGAGCCAAUCUUCCAAAGUCAAGUCCUCUUUUUAGUCUUGAUCCCAUCCUGGAGGAAGGGCUUCUUCGUGUUGGGGGAAGACUUAAAGGAUCAACUAUUAGUGAAAAGCAAAAGCACCCUAUCAUUCUUCCUAAAGACAGUCACAUCACCAAGUUGAUCUUGUUGCACUUUCACAGCAAAAUCUGCCACCAAGGUAGAAAUCAAACUUUGAUGGAGCUCAGAGUUAAUGGGUUUUGGGUGAUAGGUGGGAGAAAAACAGUUGCCAAGUUGAUCUAUAAGUGUGUACAGUGCCGUAAACAAAGAAGACCAGUUGAAGAACAAAAAAUGUCCAGUCUCCCUGAAGAACGCUGUGAAAUCUCAGCUCCAUUCACGUUCUGCGGAAUGGAUUGUUUUGGUCCUUUUGCAGUUAAAAAUGGUCGUAAGGAGAUUAAGAGAUACGGGCUAAUCAUAACAUGUCUGUCGUCUCGAGCUGUCCAUAUCGAAAUGCUUGAUGACUUAUCCACCGAUGCCUUCAUUAAUGCCUUAAGAUGCUUUAUUAGUCUGAGAGGAGCAGUUUCUCAACUCCGCUGUGAUCAAGGCACAAACUUUGUCGGCGCCAGCAACGAGUUCAAAGAUGCUCUCAAACAGUGUGACAUCAGAGCACUUGAGGCCUUCCUGGCAGACAAACAGUGUGAGUUUAGGUUUAAUGCUCCUUCAGCCAGUCAUGCAGGUGGUAUCUGGGAGCGGCAAAUACGUACCAUUCGCAGUGUCCUUGAUGUUACUGUCGCCCAGUGUCCAGGAAGACUUGAUGAUGCAUCACUCAGAACUCUGUUUUAUGAGGCAAUGUCUAUUGUAAACAGCCGUCCUCUCAGUGUUGAUGGAAUCGAUGAUCCAAAGUCACUCGAGCCCUUAACCCCAAACCAUCUCAUUUUGAUGAAGUCUAGGAUUGCUUUGUCACCUCCUGGAAACUUUGUAAAAGAGGAUUUGUAUGCUGCAAAAAGAUGGCGUCGAGUACAGUAUCUAACCGAACAGUUCUGGAGUAGAUGGAAAAAGGAAUAUCUCUUGAAUCUCUCUUUAAGACAAAAAUGGCAUGCUCGUCGGCGCAACAUAAAGGUGAAUGACAUCGUCAUUAUUAAAGAGGACACUGUUCCAAGAAAUCAGUGGCAUUUGGGAAGAGUAGUGGAAACCACAGAAGGGCCUGACAGUUUGGUUCGCCGUGUCAAGGUUCAGGUUGGAGAGCGCAAGGCAGCAACAAAGGACUGUCCAUCAAAACCCUCAAUCAUUGAACGGCCCAUUCAAAAACUAGUACUUUUACUUGAAUGUGAUUAAUCUAUGGAAUAUGUUUAAAGGGUAAAUCGCUCAGAUCAGACAUGAUGAUUUAACUGGCUACUUUGGUGACCAACAUGUUGUUGAGUGUCUGGCCAUUUGUGAAAUCAUGUUUGAAUAAUUGUUUAUUCUUUGAAGUUAUUAAUCAAAACAUGAUUUGGUGGGAGUGUAAGUGGCCAGCUGAGCCGGGUGGUUUGUUUCUGUGUCAGCGCACCUCAUAAAGUUUCAGUUUUAAAAAAAAAACAAAAAAAAAAACACACACACACACACACACACACACACACACAAAAAGGGUAAAUAGUGACGUCACACGCCGUUUUGCCACACGCCAGUUCGUCACACAGACAGAGACAUGCACCGGGCAGGCUGUUGUCAGAUGAACGGAUAACUAACUAAAGUAAGUGUUGUUUAAACAAAUGUUAGCUGAACUAGAAUCGAUCUGUUGUUUAUGGUUGACAAUAAGGCUCAAUAUUUAUGCGGAUGUGUUUGUUUUGUUUGUUACGGAGUGCAGCUCGAUCCGAGGUUGAGUACAUGUGGCCUCUCACCAAAAGUUUACUCGCAUCCAGUUUGCACCCUUGGUAGGCGAAGAGAGGUACGUGGCAUUAAAAUGUUGGUGGCGUAUUAUUAUUUUUAUUACAGGAUUUUGUGCAUGCGCUAUAUUUAGUUAAUGAAAUUAAGCCUUGUUAUGUUGUGUGUGUUUUUAAGAAAUGUGAUGAACUGAACUUGUGACUAUUUAUAAACUUGUGUGUAUUUAAAUGCUAUUGUAUAAGAGUUUGAUAUGGAUAUUUUUCUAUGUGUUUUUAGUUUCACGGUACUAAUUGAAGAAUAAAAUCUACCAGUUGAACUCAACGCUGUGGUCAUUGAU